GCGCACGAACGAACAGAGCAUACUGAGUACAGCGAGAAAUGCCGAUUAAAAAAGGAAAGAAGGGAAAGAAAGGAAAAGGCAAAGGAAAGAAGGAUGGAAAGCAGGAGUCUAAGCGGGAUAAGGAGUCUGAUUUGGAAAAGGCGAAGGCGAACGCGGCUCUGUGGGAGGCGCGCUGUGACAUGACGGAGAGCGCGCGCGUCGAGUACUGUGAAGCUGCACGACGACUGAACAAAACCAACCAGCAACUCAAUGACCAACAACACAACACUGAGAAGAGCAGCAUCGAAAUCAUCGCUGUGCUGAGAGACAAAGACAUGCUAAACGAAGAGAAGAUUACUGCACUGGAACAACAAAUACAUCUUGAGAAAGCAAGGGCCUCUCAGGAAAAAGAGAAUUUGGUCACAAAAUACACUCUAAAGAUCAACGAGCUGGAGGAGAAAUUCAAGAAGAGAUGCAGUGAGUUUAACGUGAUUCAGGAUGAGCUGAAGAUCAUCAAUGACUUCCUUAAGAAGAAGCCCCAAAUGGAGCAAGAACUCAGAAAUCUGAAAGAUGCUGUGGAGAAUGCAGAUUUAGAACACAAGAAAACACUUGCAAGAAUGGAGGAAAAGUUCUUAAAUAAUAAGGUUCACCUGGAGAAAGAAUCUGAGCAGAGGAUUGCUGUGCUUGCAGAGAGAGCUCACAAUGAAGCCAUCAUACACCUGGAUGAUGCUUCUCGCUGCAUGUUUAAGGAGAAUGUGCGUCUAAAGAAAGCAUUGGGUUACCACAUUAAGGAGGUGGAGGAUCUGCGGAAGAGUAAUGCAGCGCUGGCUGAAGAAAACGACACGCUCGCUUUGCAGAAGGAAUCCACCCUGGAGUCUGCCAACGACACCAUCUCCAAGCUCACAGCACAGCGGAGCAGAGUUUCUGAGCUGCGGAUGAAAGUGUCCACACUGGAGCAGACCCUGGCCAACCUGGUGUCUACGUUUGAGAAGGAGAAGAACGAAAUUAAGCAGUGUGCGGCAAUCAGAGCUCAGGCCGGCGGUGUAGAGCUGGACAAACUGCAGAAAGUGCUGAACGUACGGGACAGAGAACUGAGCCGAGUGAAGAGAACAGCUCGCAGCGUCGUGGAGCAACGAUCCAACAUGGAGAUCCUCUUCAAUGAGGCUCUGAACCACGUGAAGCAGGAGAUACUAAUGCACAGACAGGAAGCAGAGGUGAAUCAUAGCAGGCGGAUGGAUGAGUUCUUAUCAGGCAAAAGAGAGAAGGCUCACAUUCACACCAUCAGCAAAACUCCUCACGGCACCAGCAGCUUGUCUAUUGCUUUGAAUGAAGCUGAAAAGUGUCUGAAGAAAGCCGUCAGUGUUUCAGAGAUGAGCUGGGAACAGAGAGAAAGAGUUCUCCGGCUGCUCUUUGCCAAAAUGAAUGGCCUGAAAUCAAAGAAAGCAGUUCAUGCUUCGGCUCUGACAGAUUCUGAGAGGAACCAGUGUAUAAGCAAUCCUGGGAAUGAAGAGGAGCAUUCCCAUUCGACCUUUUUAACCCAAGCAGAAGUUUCCAGUUUGAGCUCCAUAAACCUCAGUGCUCUGCCAGAUGUGAAUGGAUCAUCGUUCACCGUCUGUGUGGAGGAAGACCUCGCCAGUACCACUCUGGACCCAGUGACCAUCCAAAUACCACCCUACAGCGAGGAGCGCUUGCCUGAGCCCGUCGUAGAUGGAGAGCCAUCCCCAGUGUAUGAAUCAUCGCCAGUGAGAGCCGAAGAGGAGGAGCUCAAGGGACCAUCUGACAAGGUGUUAGACGCCCAUGCACCCACUGCUAAGGGUGAGCUGCUGCUGGAUACUAGGAGUUUGCUCAUUGACUUCUGGAGUGAAGUUAUCCAUUUCCCGCUGUUCCCAGACAGCAAGAAACCUGCUCCGAGCCCACUGUUCCAAGACAACAUUAUCCCUAUUGCCAGCUCAUUGUUCCCAGACAGCAAGAGUCCUGCUCCAAGCCCGCUGUUUCCAAACAGCAUUAUCCCUGCUCCUUGUCUGAGGUACCCUAAUGACGCUAACUCUAGGGUCAUGAGUAGCCCCACACGAAAUCUGUGCGCGCAGAAUUCCAGUGAAAACUCCAGUCAUGAGCAACUUUCUCACCGCUUCCCCCGCUGA